CCAGGAAGGGAACCCAGACAUGUAAACAAACAAUUGCGAUCUGUGUUGGAGGCACUCACUGUGAUAACUGAAAAUGAAACCUACAGGCGCCUAAAGGGGAGUUUUCUCCUUCGGUGCUGUUCCUGGAGACAUUUAUAUUCACGCCUGUGGACAGGGACCAUUUUAUCACUGAUGUAUCUCAGGCACCUAAAAAAAAGUGCCUAGCACCUGCAAUGAGUAGAGGCCUAAUAAAUGUUUGGGUUUUGUGCUUAAAAAAAAAAAAGCAGAUACAGCGUCAGUGGUACCUUAAUCAUUAUCCUCCCGAACUGGAAUUGGACCCACGAGGACUCCCACGUCAGUUUCGGAGGCCCCGCCCCCGGGCUUCUGUGACGUCAGAGCAGCCCCCCCGGCUCCCCUCUGCUGGCCGCAGCCGCUGCGCUCUCUGGCUUGGCCCGUUAGAGGCCGCUUUGGUCCGGGGAACGCGGGCAGACCGUCUGGGCCAUGAGGAAGCUCGGUGCUGGCUUCCUCCUCUCGCUCCUGAAGGUGCUGCUCUUGCCUUCAGCUGCCCCCGGCCGCGGCGGCGGCGGCGAGGAUUCAGAUCCGACCUCCACGCCCGGGAGCCCCCUCUCUCCCGCCGAAUAUGAGCGCUUCUUCGCACUGCUGACCCCCACCUGGAAGGCAGAGACUACCUGCCGUCUGAGAGCCACCCACGGCUGCCGGAACCCCACCCUUGUCCAGCUGGACCAGUAUGAGAACCACGGCUUGGUGCCCGACGGUGCUGUGUGCUCCGACCUCCCUUACGCUUCCUGGUUCGAGUCCUUCUGCCAGUUUACUCAGUACCGUUGCUCCAACCAUGUCUACUACGCCAAGAGGGUCCGAUGCUCCCAGCCAGUCCCCAUUCUCUCACCUAACGCUGACCAGGAGACAGACUCUUCUACUGAAGCACAGCCCUCCACCAUGACCUCUCCCAUGCCGUCCCACAACACAGCCACAGAACGGCAGGCCUUCCAGCCCUGGCCCGAACUGCUCAAGAACAAUGUGGAGGAGCUGCUGCAAGCCUCCAUGUCCCUGGGAGGCCCAGAGCGGGUGUCAGGCCACAAGCAGGGUCAAAGGCAGGAGCAACGACAGGAGCAAGGACAAAAACAUAAACAGGAGGGAGAGCAGGAGCAGGAGAAACAGGAGGAGGAGGAGGAGGAGGAGGGGAAGCAGGAGGAAGGACAGGGGACAAGGGAGAGACUGCAUGCCUUGUAUGGGCUGCAGACAGACUCAGAGCCCAAGCACCAGGCUGGUUUAUCUUCCAACCCUUUGUCCUUCGCUGCCCGGGUGCGGAAAGUGAAGUCUACGCCUAUGAUGAUGGAGAACAUCCAGGAGCUCAGUCAACCUGCCCAGGAAAAGGAUGAAAUGAGUGAGGUGUUUGAUGAAGACUCUGCUUGGAGAAGCCAAAACUCUGGCAGCCUCUUGCAGCUGCCCCAUGAGGAGGCCUUACUGGUGAUGUGCUAUUCCAUUGUGGAGAACACCUGCGUCAUGACCCCCACAGCCAAGGCCUGGCGGCACUUGGAGAAUGAGAUCCUUGGUUUCGGGAAGUCGGUCUGUGACAGCCUUGGGCGGCACCACCUAGCUAUCUGUCCCCUCUGUGCCUUCUGCUCCCUGAAGCUGGAGCAGUGCCACUCGGAGGCCAACCUGCAGCGGCAGCAGUGUGACGGUUCCCACAAAACACCCUUCAUGAGCCCCUUUCUCUCAUCCCAGAGUAUGGCCAUUGGCAUCCAGAUGGGGAAUGUAAAAUCGAGCCGCUAUUACGGGCUGGAUACUUAUGGCGGGCUUCGCAUGGAUUUCUGGUGUGCCCUGCUAGCCACGAAGGGCUGUGAAGAUACCCGAGUAGCUGGCUGGCUCCAGACUGAGUUCCUUAGCUUCCAGGAUGGGGAUUUCCCCACCAAGAUUUGUGACACAGACUAUGUGCAGUACCCAAACUACUGUGCCUUCAAAAGCCAACAGUGUCUGAUGAGAAACCGGGAUCAGAAGAUAUCCCGUAUGAGAUGUCUGAAGAACGAGAGUUACAAUAUCUUGACCCCCGCCAGAAGCGAGGACCUUGUGCUUCGAUGGAGCCAGGAGUUUAGCACCUUGACUCUAGGCCAAGCCGGAUGAGCUGGGAUUCUUCCUGUCUCCACCUCAACCCAGACUGUCCACAUUCUCCAUUGCUUUCUUACUCCAUUGGCCAUCAGUUUGCGUCCAGGCUGCCCCUUUUGUGUCUCUUACCUGGUCCCUACCCACGUUUUCCUUGGGUUGGGGCAGGAGUCCCUGAAAGUGAUGGAACUCCACCCGCCUUAAAGAAUGUCUUUGCAUAAAGUGUUUAUUUUCAA